CAGGUGUCAGAUUACAAGAGAUUGAGCUAACUUGCAGUGAAAUAUUUCAAUAUCACUUUGUGUGGGUAGUGUACUUUGCGGUGGACGGACAUUACAAACCGCGCCUUUUCAUACGCAAAAUGGACAUAAGACACCUCAGCUUCUUGUCACUGUUUUGGGGAGUUCAGUCAUCCUUCGCCGGCGUUUUGCUGCGACACAAGAGAAACUGGAUUAUAGACACGUUCACUAUUGAUGAGGCUUACACUGGUCCUUUCCCAUACAACGUUGGCAAAAUUGCAGCGGAAAACAACUACACCAACUUCGAAAUUCAUGGUCAAGGAGUUGACCUGGAACCCUUUGGAUUGUUGAGUAUCAACUCGUAUUCUGGAACUGUUACUGUUCAGGACCAUGUGGACUGUGAGAAGUUUGAAGGUUUAAAGGUAAAAUUUAAGGCUCAAAAGAGAGAAAGCAAAGAAGUCAUACAGUUGGGUGUUCUGAUUAUCAUCAAAGAUUCAAAUGAUAAUCCUCCACGAUUUUCCCAAGAUUUGUAUGAAAUCCGUGUCAAUGAAUCAACUUUGCAAGGCUUUGAUUUGAUUCGUCUGCAAGUCACAGAUGCGGACAGAAGUGAGGAGAACAACAACUUCACACUUCGAAUAGUCUCGGUUGAUCCCAAACCACAUGACUUGGAGUUCUACUUGAAGGAGGUUCGGACCAUUGGGUUUAAAGGAUGUUUGGACUAUGAGAAAGCAAAUAAAUAUACCAUUACAGUGGAAGCCAAAGACAGUGGAAAUCCAAAGCCUCUUUCCAGCACAUGUAAGGUCAUAAUCAACAUUGAAGAUGGAAACAACAACCUUCCUGUGAUUACAAAACAAACGAACUCAAGGAAAGUGAAGGAAGGGGAGAAAGAUGUCCUUGUUUCACGUCUACAAGUUAAAGAUGAAGAUUCUAAAGGUACCAAAGCCUGGAAGGCAAAAUACCACAUCCAUGGAGACACCGAUAACAACUUCAGAAUCACUACUGACCCAGACACAAAUGAGGGACUGUUGUUUGUGCAAAAGCCUUUGGACUACGAAGACGAGCCAGUGAAGAACUUAACAAUCACUGUAGAAAAUGAGAUCCCAUAUUUCUCAUGCAAAGUGGUGGAAAAAAGAAGUGGUAGUCUUUGGAAAACAGAAGUUAUUACUCAGACCUCCUACACUGGGGCUACCUAUGAAAGUGAUACAAACAAACAACAACAUUCACACAGCUUCAGAGUAACAGUGGAUGUCGAGGACAUAAACGAACCCCCAGUCUUUGGGAAACAAGAAAAAGAGAUUUCUAUGAGUGAGAACGAUCGGGUUGGGAAGUAUCUGGAGACCUUUACGGCUAUAGAUCGUGAUGUUACAAGCUCAAAGGAAAUUCGAUACCUUAAAGGGAAGGAUCCAGCUAACUGGGUUACAGUGGACCCCAUCAGUGGAACCCUAAAAACAUUAAGCAACUUAGACCGGGAAUCCCCUUUUGUUACAAAUGGUGUCUAUGUAGUCACAAUAUGUGCAGUUGAUGAUGGUGAACCCCCACAGACAAGCACUGCAACCCUCAGCAUCUACAUAACAGAUGAGAAUGACAAUCUUCCAUACCUGGCUGUAAACCGAAUUGACAUGUGUCUUUCUGAUAAACCCUCAUUGAGCAACAUCACAGCUUUGGACUUGGAUGGGGAUCCCUACAGUGGGCCUUUCGGGUUCAAUCUUCUUGGAGAUGUAAAAGACAAGUGGAGAGUCGAACCUGAGUUAGGAUAUUCUGUAAAUCUAGUGAAAGAAGGCAAUGUUCAUUCCGGAUUCUACAAUUUGCUGCUGGAAGUGUCUGAUGUUCAAGGAAAGGCGGCUGUUCACAACCUGACAGUAACUGUGUGUGACUGUUUGAACCCCAAAAACCCAAACUGUAUGACACGAAAAGCUACUACAUUCACAAUAAGGCGGGGGUUCCUGGCAAUUUUUCUUUUCUCCAUGGUGCUAUUUGCAGGGAUCCUUCUUUUUUCUUUUGUCAUAUCAUGCAAGAAAGAGAAGGUGCCAUUUCCUUUUGAGUUUUCUGAACAACUAUUGAUGCCCAGUAACACUGAAGAACCUGGAACUGACUGCAUGGUGACUCUGCCACCACGACUGAAAUGUGGAAAAACAGAACAAACUGCAGUGAAAUCUCAAGAUCAAACUGUGUUGAUGAAACAAGCAAGUGUGGUGAACUGCAGUGCCAUGGCAACAACUGCAGUAAAUUCUGGAAGCUCAGAGAAGUCUUCAGAGUUCCAAAGUCAGACACCUUGUCUUCGAUCAAUUCGAAGACCCAGUCUCCAAAUUGAAAGAGCAGCACCAAACCUUGUGUUGUUACAUCACCAGAGGAAACCAUCCAUUGAUGGGUCUGUACACCAGCAGAGAAAAAAUUCCAAAUCUGUAGCUUUUACAGGAUGUCAUCAAAAGGGUUUUCUGGGUCAAAAUGUCCUUUAUCAAGAAAUUGUGUUGAAAAAGGCCCUAAUGACGAUGACGGCUAAUCAAAAGGCAUCAGGAGAAGAACUCUGUGAUUAUGAACCUCAUGUGUACACCGAGGAGGGAGACUCGGAGCACAACUAUGACCUUGAUGUCAUCUCCAUCACUGAAGACUCCUCUGACACUGACUGGGACUUGGAUUCACGGUUCAGUACUCUGGCUUCCAUAUGUAUGCCUAGCAGCAUCACUGGUACAAAAACAUUCAACGGCAACGCUGAUCACUAGAGGGCAGUAAUUCCUCACAUCUAUUGGGUUGUUGGGACAAAAAAGGGACAAUAGGACCACUUUUUUUAAUGUUUAUAAAUGGAUAUUGAGAGGAUGCUGUCCCUAAAAACCCUCACUGAAUUAAAAUGUUCUGUAUUUUGC